CGCUUUCCCCCCGCCCCCGGCCUCCCCUUUACCCCCCGCCCGCAGCUCCGUGGCCGACUCGGUCCCGCGGCCGGCGGAGCGGGCGCGCGCGUCGGGGGUCGUGCGGCCGCUGAGAAGGGCGAGCGCGCGCCGAGAGGGAGUGGAGGCGUAGGGGGGCGGGGGCACGGCUCGCUUGCUCGCAAGAUGGCGGACGAGGACGGGGAAGGGAUUCACCCCUCAGCCCCUCACAGGAACGGAGGUGGCGGCGGCGGUGGGGGGUCUGGGCUCCACUGCGCCGGGAACGGCGGAGGGGGCGGCGGCGGCCCGCGGGUCGUGCGCAUCGUCAAGUCCGAGUCCGGCUACGGCUUCAACGUGCGGGGCCAAGUGAGCGAGGGCGGGCAACUGCGGAGCAUCAACGGGGAGCUGUACGCGCCGCUGCAGCAUGUGAGCGCCGUGCUGCCCGGGGGGGCGGCCGAUCGGGCCGGGGUGCGCAAGGGGGACCGCAUCCUGGAGGUGAACCGCGUGAAUGUUGAGGGGGCGACACACAAGCAGGUGGUGGACCUGAUCCGAGCAGGCGAGAAGGAAUUGAUCUUGACAGUGUUAUCUGUACCUCCUCAUGAGGCGGAUAACCUAGAUCCCAGUGACGACUCGUUGGGACAAUCAUUUUAUGAUUACACAGAAAAGCAAGCAGUGCCCAUAUCGGUCCCCAGAUACAAACAUGUGGAGCAGAAUGGUGAGAAGUUUGUGGUAUACAAUGUUUACAUGGCAGGGAGGCAGCUGUGCUCUAAGCGGUACCGGGAGUUUGCCAUCCUACAUCAGAACCUGAAGAGAGAGUUUGCCAACUUUACAUUUCCCCGACUUCCAGGGAAGUGGCCAUUCUCAUUAUCAGAACAACAAUUAGAUGCCCGACGUCGGGGAUUGGAAGAAUAUCUAGAAAAGGUGUGUUCUAUACGAGUGAUUGGUGAGAGUGACAUCAUGCAGGAAUUUCUGUCAGAAUCAGAUGAGAACUACAAUGGUGUGUCCGACGUAGAACUGAGAGUAGCAUUACCAGAUGGAACGACAGUUACAGUCAGGGUUAAAAAGAACAGCACUACAGACCAAGUAUAUCAGGCUAUUGCAGCUAAGGUUGGCAUGGACAGUACGACAGUGAAUUACUUUGCCUUAUUUGAAGUGAUCAAUCAUUCCUUUGUACGUAAGUUGGCACCUAAUGAAUUUCCCCACAAACUCUACGUCCAGAAUUACACAUCAGCUGUGCCAGGCACCUGCUUGACCAUUCGGAAGUGGCUUUUCACAACAGAAGAAGAAAUCCUUCUGAAUGACAAUGACCUUGCUGUUACCUACUUCUUUCAUCAGGCUGUUGAUGAUGUGAAGAAAGGUUACAUCAAAGCAGAGGAAAAGUCUUACCAAUUACAGAAGCUAUAUGAACAAAGAAAAAUGGUCAUGUACCUCAACAUGCUAAGGACUUGUGAGGGCUACAAUGAAAUCAUUUUCCCCCACUGUGCCUGUGACUCCAGGAGGAAGGGGCACGUCAUCACAGCCAUCAGCAUCACGCACUUUAAACUGCAUGCCUGCACUGAAGAAGGCCAGCUGGAGAGCCAGGUAAUAGCAUUUGAAUGGGAUGAGAUGCAGCGAUGGGACACAGAUGAAGAGGGGAUGGCCUUCUGCUUUGAAUAUGCACGAGGAGAGAAGAAGCCCCGAUGGGUUAAAAUCUUCACACCUUAUUUCAAUUAUAUGCAUGAAUGCUUCGAGAGGGUGUUCUGCGAGCUCAAGUGGAGAAAGGAGGAAUAUUAGUUAGAGACUGGUUAUCUCAUAUGAGCCAGGACGUUCUUCCAGUGAGGUUGGCCUCUGGAUGGUGAACAGGCUGUCCAAAAAAGCUCUGCUGCUUCCCUUGUCUAGAGGGUGGACGUUGGCUAGAGGCUCUUCCAUCUCUCAUGACUUCAUGGAUCCUCUGCUGCCAGUUUUUAAAAUCAGAUCACCCUCCAUGUUGUUCCUGACCCAAAAGGGCAGCUGUGCUCAGUUUUAACUGCCUGACUAGAUGAAUCAUGACCACCUUUCUAGGUGAACCAAGAAGGUUCAUAUGAGGGAAAGGUGUCUGCUACUGCUUUACUGCUGUCUGUAUGUGCCAGUGCUGGAGCAGAAUUUGGAAGAUUCUGAAUAAUUAGCUGCUUAUUUUCAAAGAAAAUCUUUCAGAAGAUCAGGAGGGCAAGCCAGAAACAUGAAGAUUUAUAUUCUUAGUUUAGUAGAAAGAAUAUUGGGCUCUGGGAAUUUUACCUGGGUUUUCUUUUUUCCCGCUGUAUAAUUUUGGGUAAAUCAGGCUCCCUAGGACGGUUUUUCUUCUGUAAAACAGGUAGACUAAAACAGAUGAUCAAUAUCCAAGGCCCCUUCCAGCUCUAAAAGUCUGUGAUUCUAGAUGGGAAGUUUCAUCAGGGGACAAGGCCGAUCUGAUUGAGUCACCCAGUCGUACCUUUUUAGUUUCUGUUUGAAGAGUUAUCUCCAGAUGGAAUGAGAUGUGGCUUCUCAGUAACCCUGUUCUUUUUUCCCUUUCAGAACAUUUUCCAGAUGGCGAGGUCACAACAGAGAGAUGUGGCCACCUAGCCUUUCCUUCCCUCCUUCCCUUCUCUUCUCCCUUAUCCUCUUACUCCUUUCAUCUCCCGUGUCAGACAGAGUAACCAUUAACACAAGAGAAGAGAAAAAGUUUAAAAGUCAUUCUAUUCAAAAGCCCUAAACUAAAUAUGAUUAAUAACCACCUCUGAAUUUCACGUCUCUGGGAUUGAGCUGGGAGAGAACAACAGAUUGGUCAGCACCAGAAGUCAACUCAGUUAAGACAGGAACAGAAUAAGCCCCACCAACUUGCCAAAGGUAUCCUUGUCCUUUCACCUGGGCCUCAUACCAACAGACUCUCCUUGUACUAUAUUUUUAAAACUGGAACUAUGAACUUCAUCCAUUUGCACUGUUUGGACAUAUAUAUGUAUGUAUGUAAAAAAUUAUAUAUACAUGAAUUAGCUGCACGUAUAUACAUAUAUAUUUCUUUUUAAAUUUCAUAUUGAUGGCAGUACCUUUUUUAGCUUGUGUUUUUACACACCUUUCACUAGAAUUCAUGACCUCUCUCUUGCUCUCUUUAUUUUGAAACAAACUUUAAAAAGGAAAAAAAAACAUUUUACAGGGAAAAUACCUCUCCUCACGAAGGACUUGAAAAGUUUACAACCUGCUUGGGUUUUUUCCCCCUUUUUUGUGUUGAGUACAGAUUCUGGCUCAUGGGCUGCCGUAGAGUCUGAGGAGCAAGGAGUCUAGUUUCUUUAUCUUCCAAGAGGAUGCUGGGGAGGAGAGAGGCGUGUUUCUCAAGGUUAGCAAGGCUGAGUUCUGUAGGGAGAGCCUGAAGACUUGGUGUUGUCUCUUGAAUCCAAGUCAGUUUUCAGGCCCAUUUCUUUCUCCCACUCUUGGGUUUCUAGACACAUUCUGUAUCUCCUUCCUGCUUCCCUAGGGCCCUUGGGUGGAGCCGAGGGUGGGCUUAGGAAGUUGAUGCCUUCAUGGUAGUGAUUUCCCAUUUCCCUGCCUUUUUUGCAGGAGGGAUAGUACUGGGGACUAGAGCUAAAGCUGAUACCUUAGGCACAAAGGUUGGACUUACAUGGGAGAAAGCAAGUAAGCAGUGCCCUGUGUAUAUGAGGUUUUACCUGCUCCAUUCCUGACCGAUUACCCAUAACGAUUACCUUCUCUGUGACUUCCUUAAACAACGGUUUUGGGGAGGGAUGUGUUUAUAUCUUCACAGCCUUGGGGAAACUUGGAAUGGGUCACUGAUCUGUGCCAACCAAACCAUUGUCCCAUCCAAGCCAGCUGAGGACCCAGGAAGGGGUAGUAAGCGUAUGGGUGAUUUAGAUGAGAGCUCCACUUUUUAAUUAAAAGGAUACUGAAGGAACACCUUUUUGUCCCUCAAAGAGCUCCUUAUCUGACCUUGCAGCUAGAGACCCCUUGAGACCUAAGAGCUGCAUCCCAGGAUAAGAGGCUGGGGCUGACUGGGGCAGGACAGUAUUUUCAUCCCCUGAGCUCUCUAGAUAGUGCAUGGGAAGCCCCAAGUCAGGCUCAGAUGCAACUGAAACAUACAUCUUUCAGCCCCCAUACUUCUCUGCCUUCUAAACAAAAGCCUCUACAGGGUGGCAUCAUUUGCUUUGCCUAACUGGAAAGCAGUCAUAAUUGGUUGCAGUCAUCUCCUCUGAUUAGAAGUUUCUUUUUGUAACUUGUUUUUGCAGAUCACUGUGAGGCCACCGUUCUUUCUUUCUUUCUUACUCUGUUAUCCUGGCAGCUGCUUGUCCUAGGGAGGUGUGGGAUCAUAUAGGAUGUCCUGUCCUCCUUCCCCUCUCCAAACCCAAAUGGAAUCACAGAGUACAAAACAUGAGAAUGCCAAACGUCAAAGUUGCAGAGAGUGAUCCUUGAUUAGAAGACUUGGACACAGGAUUUAACUUCUGUUGACUUAAGUGAAUUUAAUAGUGAGCCAAAGGACCCUGGAAAGAAGAUGUGUUGAUUUCCCACUCCAGGAUGCUAAAGAGGCUUUUGGCACCAGCUUUAUUCAGACUGUAACAAUAGCAGUUUGCUCCUACUCCCUCCUAGUGGGAGAGGAAUGAAUAACUUGAGGAUCCCCUGGAACAGCCCAAAUGUUGACCUCCAAAUCUGAGACCGGGAUUCAGAGGCCCCUAGAGUGGGUAGAUGGUGCCAUGUUCCUUUUCUGGCACAGCAUUCACUUGGUGUUUGGAGACUGGGAGAGGGUCCUGUAGGUAGUUGGCUGUUGCCAGAAUCUGUUUAGGCUCCUUCUAGUGGCUGUGCCCCUAACAAAGCUCUCCGCUGCAGCAAAAAGUUGGGAAGGAAGGUGACCCUAAAGGACAGCGCCUCCUUCUCUUCUACCCACAACAGGCCUUCCAUGAUGGAGGCUGGAGUUGCUGUGGCUGUGGGUACCCAUAGGGUCAAGCCAUCUUUGCAUGAUGCAGUGUUUGCUGUGACUCUUCUCUUGCCCUUUCCUCGGUACUUCCUUUCUCUAAUCCGUACUGUUUUUCUUAGUUCUGGCUUCUGCCCAGGGAGGCUUCAACCCAGGCUUCUUUUGCAACUUGUCCCUGGGAAAGGGGGGAGUCCCCUGUCCCCAGUUUCAUCCCAGCAGAACCAGCAGGAUCUUCCUGGUCUCCCACUGUCCUCCCUCCAUACCUAGUUUCUAUCCUCUGGGGCAGAAGUUCAGAGCUUUUUAUGGAUCAGGAGAAAAUGCAGGCCCUGAGGAGCCUGCCCCUGCCGUGCUUUGGGCCCUCUGCUCUUUAUAUUUGUGUUCUCUUCUCCAGUUUUCUGCCCUCCCCUUGCCCUAGGCCUAAGCACAGGUACAGAUAUGUGCAUGCUCAGGGCAGCUCCUAGGCCUGGACAGAGCUCUCAGGGAGGAAUUAGAUAAAUAUUCCAACAUCCUCAUGCCUGGCCCAUUUCAUUUCAUCUCUUAGUUAUCCAGGCCAGUAGCUUUGGGUCAUCGCCUCUUGUAGCUCCAAACCCAAUGCUCGGAGCAGUAAAAUAGGGCACUGACAGGAGGUGACACCUCUCUCUCUCAUCUUCGAAUUUGCCAACAUGUGGGCUGGGCUCCUAGGAGGCGGCUUUCUUAAAGAGGACUGCUUUGCUGUGCCCUCCCUUCUCUCUGCCAUGCUGUCUGGCUGGGUUGAUUCAGCAGUAGAAACCAUUUGGUCUGUUUGACCCCAGCGUACUGCUAUUUCUUCACCAGCUUCUUUGUGUCACAUUAGCUUCCCUUUGGAGGGAGGAUGGUGUGGUUGCAGACUCAGAGGAGGAGGGAGGGACAUGGAGGCCGUGGGUGUGCUUCUGUGACUCCCACCUUCUAGGUCCGCCUCUCGUCUUCCUCGUCCCCUGAACCUAGGCACAUCACACCAGGCCUCAUUCACACCAGGACAGCAUCAGCUCACUCCUCAGCAAUAAUCUAGGUUGUGUGGGAAGCUUAGGGCUCUGGAAGGAACAGAAUCAAAGAGGGGAGUGUUUCGAGGUAGGGGUACUUGGCCAACUGCUAAACUUGGACAUCAGUUUUAUAUCAUGUCCCCCUUUUAAGCCAGUGAGCUGGGCUUCAGUUUUUCCCAGGCCAUGCACACUUUAAUUUAUUUGAGAGAAACUCUAAUUGUAUUUUCACUGCAGUAUCUUGUAUUUUUUAUUUGUGAUUUAAGAAAUGUGAAGAGAAAAUACACAGACACCGUAAUGGCUAACAGUGUUUCUUUCGUUCCUUGUUCUAGAGCUAACCACUCUAAAAUUGUUUGGUAAUGUCACUUAGUGUAAUUAAUUGUAACAUAUUCUUUUAAAUAAAUUGAUUUAUUGAUGAAACACUU